UAACAAAGAGGGGUCAAUUUUGCAUGCAGUAGGGAUUUGUUGUUAUUACAAUACUUAGUGGAGAAGAAAGGGCUUACUAAUUUGUGUGUGAUGAUGGGUUUUCUCAUAUUUACUCUUCAAAUAUUAAUGGAUUUCCUGGCUUGGCCCCUACUCGCUCUGGGAUAUCCUCUAUAUGCUUCAAUCCGGGCGAUUCAGACUGACUCCAAGUAUCACAUGAGAAAGCUACUCACAUACUGGAUUAUCUUUUCUCUUUUCCACCACAUAUUUGACAAACUUAUUCAAUGGUACCCCAAUGUGCUCCAUCUACUCUUAAUUAGCUGUUAAAUUCUUAUGACACACUCUUUUUCUUUUUUUUUGGCUUCACGAGCCCGAUAUUCCGGAUUCGCGCAGCAUAGCGCUCCUCUCAAGGAUUUUUCCAUACUAGGGCCCGAACCCAAGACCAAGUGGUUAAGGGAGGACCACAUCCCUUGGUGGUUCUUAUGACACACUUAUUUCAAGUUAUAUGUCUGUUCUUGCUUCUAUUUCUUAAAUUGCCUUGCUGAGAAGUUGAGGAUUUCAAGAUUUUGUUGAAGCAUUUUGGGGAAAAUUGUACAAUAUUCGUGGUUGAACAUGAGAAACAACUCCACCAACAUGGAUUAUAGUGCAGUGGUGGAACUGCUUCCCUUAACCAGAAGUUUCGGGUUCGAGCACUGGGUAGUGGGUAUGGAGAAAAUCUUGUUGGGAGUGCCACCUUCGAAUAGGCACUGCACUGCGCGAUCCAGAUUUAGCUGGAGCUCCAAUGUGGGCUCCAGACACCGGGGUUCCUCUGUGGCCAUAUAUUAAAUUAAUAACCAUAUGUUGGUUGGUGAUACCGCAGUUUGAUGGCGCGUGUUAUCUUUAUCAAAAACUUAUUCAUCCAUGUUUGCUGGUGAAACUGCAUGAUGUUAUCACUCAGUUUUAUGGGUUUUGUUAUGUUUACCAACGCUUUCUGUAUGUAUGUUUGUCUGUCAACCUUCAAAUUGUGGCUGACUGGUUGAACAAGCCAAUGGAGGAUCCAUCUCUCAAGAAUGUAUCAUUUCUGACUACAGCAGAGAGGUAUCUUGAAGAAAAUGGAUCUGAUGCUUUGUUGAAACUUAUUGCAAACAAGUGCAAGGAUAAUAAUUUGAAUCAUCAUGCAGAAGAGAUCAAGACUACUGAUACUAGUGUGGAAGCAGGAACACUUAUCCCCAACCAGGUGCUUCAACUGUUGUUCCGAGCUCCCUGUACUACACUGUGUGAAGGGGCUUGUCCUGUUUGGCAAAAUAUCAAACCGAUGGAACACAUGGCAAAAUAUGAAGCAGCUCAACCCAAACAGGUUAGAAGUGCGAGGGAAAAUCUAAUUUGGAGUGAGAAGAAAACGAUAGGAAUGCAGGUCAAGGAAACGGAGGUUCCAACAAAGCAGACAAUCCAGCUUAAUCAGGAACCAGCAAGACAUGUAGCCGCAGCACAAUCAGAGCACAGCAAUAAUGAAAAAUUGGAAGAAACGGUCCACCUAGCAGGUGUUGAUCAGCAAGAAAAUCAAAAGCAACUGAAGAAUGCUGAUAUUGCUGUUCAUAAUUCUAAGCUGUGGUGCCCUGGGGAGAUUGCUAUGGCUGCACAUCUUGAUGGGAUGGAGCACUUGGCCAAACACCAAUUAUCUAUGAGUUCUAUGGCUGUGGCAGAGAGGUACCUUGAAGAGAAUGGAUCUGAUGCUCAGGAGAAACUUAUUACAAACAAGUCCAAGGCAGAACGGAUCCAGGCUACUGACACUUGUGAUAAAGCGGGAGUACUCACCCCCAGCCAGGUCAAACGCCUGAAGGGAAAUCUAAUUUGGAUCGCGAAGAAUACAGCAGGCAUGCAGGUCAAGGAAAUGACAUUUCCAGUACAAGAAAAACACGGUCCUAAUGAAAAACCUAAAGAAAAGAUUGAACUAGUAGCUACUGGACCACAUGAAAAGCUGAAGCAAGUGAUGAAUUCCGAUGGUGCUACACACAAUUCUAGGCUAUGGUGUGGUUUUUGUAACGUUAGAUGCUCUGGUGAGAUUGAUAUGGCUGCACAUCUUAAUGGGAGGAAGCACUUGGGAAAAGUGGUUAUUUUGGGUCCAAACUUUUACCCUAUUGGCAGAACAUAGGUACAAAAGAUACGAAGAGACAAAUACUCUAUAUGGUCAUGUAGAUAUCUUUCUGAACAUCUGCACAACUUUAUCAGAAGGUGGCCACAUAUUAAACUUGAUAUUAGCCUGUUCUUUUAAGCAGUUCUUUUCUCUGAUUAGUUUUCAGAUUCUAAUUAUAGUUACAGAAUUACACUUUUUGAAUGUACUUAGUGUCAUUUAAUCUACUUUGUGGGAGGAAAUAAAUGUUGCACGAGACAAGUAGACAAAUCAAACUUCUUGUCCUGUCCAGACUGCAAUAAAGCGACUGAUCAUGUCUACCAACA